UUCGCGAUUUUGAGAAUUCGGUAUUUUGUGCGGGCACGAUUGUGUUAUAUGCGGCAUGUUUUGAUAAUUUUUUUGGUCAUGUCAUGAUGUCAGCAAAUAAUUGCAAAGAAGUUGAGACGAAAGUAAAUAAAAUGUUUGGAGUGUUAGGUCUUGAAUAUAAGAAAAAAGAGGGAAGAUUUAAAAAAAUGAUAAAUCGUGUAAAAAAGGCAUUCGGUGGAAAUGUUCAUAAAGGAGAGGCUUCCGGAGUUAAGAAAGGACCAAACAAUGAGAAAUAUAUAGAAUUGCAGAAACAUCUUCUUGAACACGAUUUUGAUGAUGAAAAAGUUUGAAGAGAGGAAGAUGGAAUGAAAGGAAGAGGAUUUGAAAAAAGAAAAGUAAAAAUGUGGAGAAAUUAUGUAAAAAAGGGGCGGGCGGGAAUGAUUACAUUCAACAAUAUAUAC